AUGUCAAAGAGCUGGGCAUCGACGCUGAGGCUGCCCAAGUCGACCUUCCCACCGCGUCCUCUGCCGCAGGCCCGGGAGCAGUACAUCCAGCGAUGCGCCGAUGACUUUUACAAGUGGCAGGCGGCCAACCGCCCGGCCGACAACGAGUUCGUCCUUCACGAUGGGCCGCCCUACGCCAAUGGAAGCCUACAUGCCGGCCACGCCCUGAACAAGAUUCUCAAGGACAUCAUCCUGCGCAUCAAGGUCCAGCAAGGCCGCCGCGUCUCGUACAUCCCAGGCUGGGACUGCCACGGCCUCCCCAUCGAACUCAAAGCCGUCGACGCAACACAGGGCAAAACCAUGUCCCCCGGCGCGAUCCGCGCCGCGGCGCGCAAGCUUGCCUCGGACACGGUCCUCGCGCAGAUGUGCAGUUUUCGGUCCUACGCCGUCAUGGCCGACUGGGACGCCCGCUGGUCCACCAUGGACAUGGCCUAUGAGAUCCGCCAGCUGCGCCUGUUCCAGAAGAUGGCGCGCCGCGGGCUCGUGUACAGGAAGUUCAAGCCCGUGUAUUGGAGCCCCUCGUCCGGGACGGCGCUGGCCGAGGCGGAGCUCGAAUAUAAUGAGGCGCAUGUGUCGAAGGCGGCAUAUGUGAGGUUCCCGGUCGUGAUGGUGGAAGCGGGGUAUGGGGGAUUGCCCGGGCUGGAGGGGCUUCGGGGCAGGUUGUUUGCGGUUGUUUGGACCACUACGCCCUGGACGCUGCCCGCGAAUAGGGCGAUUGCGGUGCAUGAGGAUUUGGGGUAUGUUAUUGUGAGGGUCGGGGAGGAUGCGUACUUGGUAGCUGAGAACUGCUUGGAGAGGGUUGCGAGGGUGCUAGCUGGGCAGGGACAGACGGUCGAAGUUGUCGGCACAGUCAGGGGCAGCCAAUUAACGCAGCUGCGCUACGUCAAUGUGCUUCGGGAGACGUCGGCCGGGCCACAGCCGUUUAUUCACGGCUCGUUCGUCACGGACGGUUCCGGGAGCGGUCUGGUGCAUUGCGCGCCAGGGCACGGGUUCGACGAUUACCUGGCCUGCCUGUCCCUGGGCAUACCCGUGUCUGCCCCGGUGGACAACGAUGGCUUGUUUACCGAGGAAGCAUAUCCCAACCAGCCCGACCGCUUAAAGGGCAUCUCGGUGCUUGACGGCGGCAGUGCUGCUGUCCUGGAUAUUCUUGGGAAUGACGUCCUCGAUGUCCACGAGUACCGGCACAAGUAUCCCUACGACUGGCGGACCAAGCAGCCCAUCAUCAUUCGGUCGACAGCACAGUGGUUCGCCGACGUGGACACGAUCAAGGACGACGCUCUUCGGGCCAUCCACCAGGUGCGGUUCGUGCCGGAGCAGGGCAAGAACAGGCUCGAGGCUUUCGUCAAGGGCCGCAGCGAAUGGUGCAUUUCGCGGCAGCGAGCCUGGGGCGUGCCGAUACCUGCGUUGUACGAGGCAAGCGGCAAUGCCGUCAUGACCGACGAGGUGAUCGAUCACAUCAUCUCGGUCAUCCAGAGGAGGGGAACGGAUGCUUGGUGGACCGACGCCCCCGAGGACCCGGCCUGGAUCCCGGAGUCGCUUCGCGGCAAGGCCGAGUACUCCCGCGGACGCGAUACCAUGGACGUCUGGUUUGACAGCGGCACCAGUUGGACCAUGAUGGACAGGCAAGCGGAUCUGUACCUCGAAGGCUCGGACCAGCACCGCGGAUGGUUCCAGUCGAGCCUGCUCACGCGAGUAGCGGCCAUGGCAGACCAGACGACCAGAGCUACAACCAACACACUCGGGCUCUCUCCCUUCAAGACGCUGAUAACCCACGGCUUCACUCUGGACCAAGACGGCAGGAAAAUGUCCAAGUCUCUCGGCAACAUCAUCUCAGCCGACCAAGUCAUGGACGGCUCGCUCUUACCCCCUCUCAAGACCAAGAAGAAAGGCGGCAACGGCAAAAACAACAACGCCCCAUCCGUCAAAGACGCCCUCGGCCCGGACGCCCUGCGGCUGUGGGUCGUAAGCAGCGACUACACACACGACAUUGUGCUCAGCGAGCAGGCCCUCAAGACAAUCCACCAGACGCUGCUCAAGUACCGCACCACCAUCAAGAUGCUGACGGGCAGCAUGCACGAGUCGGCGCGCACCGCGCCCCUGACGGCCGUCGACCAGAUUGCGCUCGUCCAGCUGGGGGAUGUCAUGGCCGAGGUGAGCCGGCACUACCAGGCGUACGAGUUCAACAAGGCGUUCGCCGCGCUCAACCGCUGGCUCACGAACGAUUUGUCGGCUUUUUACCUCGAGGCGCUCAAGGACAGGUUGUACUGUGCUGAUGGGGGCGGCGUGCUCGAGCCGGUUUUUGUGGGGUUCCUGCGCAUGCUGGCGCCCGUUACCCCCGUGCUGGUGGAGGAGGCGUGGGAGCACCGCCCGGAGUGGAUGAAGGAAUAUGAGGAAGGGGUGCUGAUACAUCCGCUGCGGCAGCUCUACUGGGACCCGAUUGUGGAUGAGGACAGGCUGACGAUGGAUCCGAGGCAGCUGAGGCUGGACGUGCCGGUGCUGAUGCGCGCGCACGCGGCCAUCAAAGCGGCGCUGGAGCUUGCCAGGGGGGAUAAAGUCCUGGGCUCGUCGCUACAAUGUGCUGUGGUACUUGAGGUACCUGAAGGGGGGGUGCUGCAGGCGCUGGAGAGGUAUACGGACGAGCUGGAGGCCAUGUUCGUGGUGUCUUCGGUGGGGCUGAACGGGGCUGUCCCGGAGGGUGUGGAGUGGAAAUAUAGUGAGGAGUUUGAGCUUGAGGGGAAGCAGUGCAAGGCCUGGGUGCUCCCGCCUAAGCAGGCCAAGUGUCCUAGGUGUUGGAGGUAUGUGGCGCCCAAGGAGGAUGAGCUCUGUGGGCGGUGCGAGGACGUUGUAGCCGAGGCUGUACAAUAGUUGUAUUGCAUGUGGAGUAAAGAUAGAAUAGGCGGCGACAACGGAUACCCCAUUCUGUAUCACUCCCAGGAACGGUUUCGAGGCGUGUGAUGAUGGGAUUGAUUUACCCCCCCCAGUGUGUAU